AUGGAACGUGUCAAGCAGAUUCGAAAGGAGUUAGCUAUGGCUAACAGAGUCGCUGUGUUUCCUUUCACCUCAAAAGAGCGUGAAUUUUUCUGCUGUUUCGUAUGCAGCCGAGUGUUUAUGAAUGAAGAAGCAAUGCGGCAGCAUGUUACGGAGAAGCACUUGGCAUUUAAGAAGGAGUACAAACUGAAAUGUCCUCUCUGUUAUCGAAGGUUUGUAAAAAAGCAGAAGCUUGACCGACAUCUGCGUACGCAUGAAGAUAGGUCUUUCUUGUGCAAAAUCUGCAAUACCGAGUUUAGAGAGGAGGUUAGCCUGAGGGUUCACAUGAGUAGGGUCCACAGCUUAUCCUUGGAAGGGGCGAAGAUUACGAAGGAGCACGGUUGCAAUUGUGGCAAAAAGUACGGUACUGUAGAAGAGCUCAAGCGUCAUCGAUACUACUGUGAUAGUCGCGAAAGUAUUCUUGAGAAGCGACGAAAAGCGCGGCAGGAGUUUGAUGCUAUGUCUAUGGCUUCUUCUCAAGGCAGUCCUCCGCAAUCCGUGAUCUCAUCGUGCUCAGACUCUACCAGUGGAAUUAGUAUAGGCAGCGCAUCUGGGAGGCCCAUCAAAGAUAAAUCAUGUCCAUAUUGUUUUCUUGUCUGCGCUUCCAUGCAGUCUCGCAGACGCCACAUAGAGAGGAAGCACCCUGAGAAUUUGGGAGCAGAGGAAGUUGAUAGUCACAACUACAUCAAAGUUCAGUCGGUAUGUAGCAUAUGUGAUCUUGUAUAAUG